UAAUUAAUUAAUUAUCUACAGAGUGGAGAGGGUGGGCGCCGAGGAUACGGAAGCAGAGCCUCCUUCUUCUUAGGCUCAGCGCAAGCGUCUCUCAAGGCUCCGGUGGUUUCAAUGGCGGCCAUAACUCGCCUGGCAAGGCGUACAACCUCCAUCUCUUACCUGGCGGGUAAAUACUUUUCCUCUGCGGUUGCAUCUCAGGCGCCUACGUACAAUGCUCCUCUCUUCCAUCCCAAACCCCAGUUUCCUCGUAAAGAUCCACGGGAUAGGAAUGUCCAGUGGAUCUUUUUGGGCUGCCCAGGCGUCGGUAAAGGCACCUACGCAAGUCGCCUCUGCAAUCUUCUCGGCGUCCCUCACAUUGCCACCGGCGAUCUUGUUCGCGAAGAGCUCGCGUCCUCGGGCCCACUCUCUGCCCAGCUGUCAGACAUUGUAAACCAAGGUCAAUUAGUCUCAGAUGAAAUCAUAAUAAGCUUAUUGUCAAAGCGACUGGCUGCUGGGGAAGCAAAAGGUGAAUCGGGUUUUAUUCUUGACGGUUUUCCUCGAACAAUAAACCAAGCAGAAAUUUUGGAUGGGGUAACUGACAUUGAUUUGGUCGUUAAUCUGAAGAUCCGAGAAGAUGUACUGCUUGAGAAAUGCCUUGGUAGGAGAAUUUGUAGUCAAUGUGGGAAAAAUUUUAAUGUCGCUUCUAUUAAUAUCAAGGGUGAGAAUGGGAGCCCUGGAAUCAGCAUGGCACCUCUUCUCCCUCCUGCCCAAUGCAUGCCAAAGCUUGUUACUCGUGCGGAUGAUACUGAAGAAGUAGUCAAAGAAAGGCUUCGCAUAUACUAUGACAUGAGUCAGCCUGUGGAGGAAUUUUACCGCAGUCGAGGAAAACUAUUGGAGUUUGAGCUGCCAGGAGGAAUCCCUGAAUCCUGGCCAAAGUUGCUGCAAGCUCUUGAUCUUGAUGAUUAUGAGCCCAGACAGUCUGCUGCUGCCUAAAUAUAAUAAUGGACACUAAAAGUGAGUAUUUCAUUCUUUGCAUGCAUAAGUUGCAUGCCUGGCAAUUUUGCAGGAAAGAAAAUAUGAGAAGGGGGACUUCCUCUAUUUGUAUUAUUUGGAUAAAUAAUGUUAUCAAGAAGCGUUGAAAUCUUGAUCAAACCUAUGCCUAAUGGGCUUCUAUUUGUAUUAUUAUUACGUGAAAUGUCAGAAGUUUUGGUGUACUUUUCUGUGACUUGGUGAGAGUUUAUGACGGCUACUUAGAUGCUUGGUUAGCGUUAAGCUUCAGUAGACUGAUCCGUUACUGUUGUAAUGCUUUCUUUGUUUUGUUUUGCCCUAGCCAAUUACUAUUCUAAUAC